AUGGCAGAAGCUCAGGUUGAGAUUAUAUCCAAAGUCACAAUAAAGCCGGUAUCCCCAACUCCAAAUCACCUCAAAAAUUUCCAAAUUUCUCUCCUUGAUGAGAUAGCUGCUCCUCCUUCUUUUUAUGUUCCCGUUGUUCUCUUCUAUUCUGCUUCUAAUCAGGAUUUUCCCGCAAUGUCUCAAAAGUUGAAGUCUUCGCUAUCUCAAAUUCUCACUAGCUACUAUCCAUUCUGUGGAAGAAUCAAACGAAACAAAAGCAAUUACAUUGUUGAUUGUAAUGAUGAGGGUGUCCUUUACCUUGAAGCCAGAGUACCCUCAAAGCUAUCAGAUUUUCUCAACAAUAAUACCAGCCAACAACUCAAUGAGAUUAUAGAGUUUCUUCCAAUAGAUCCCUAUAAGCCUAAACUAGACGAUGAUGAUGAAGAUCGUCUAAUAAUGGCUGUUCAAGUUACUGAGUUUGGCUGUGGAGGUAUGGCAAUUGGUGUGUGCAUCUCACAUAAGGUUUGUGACGGGACAACAGUGGCUACAUUCCUCCAAGCUUGGUCUCAAAAGGCAAUGGGAGAAGGAAGUGAAGUGGCAUCUUCUUCUCUGUCUCUUAAUAUGGAAGCAUCAUUGCUUUUUCCACCGAAAGGCAUAGAGAUUGACUUCAAUAACAUGAUAGGUGAGAAGAACAUUACGACGAAAAGAUUCUUGUUUAGUGAAAAUAGCUUAUGCAGAUUGAAAGAAGAAAUUUCAAGAGGUUGGGGCUUUAAGCCCACUAGAGUUGAAGCUGUAACAACUUUGAUAUGGAAAUCAGCCUUGGAAGCUGCAAAAACCAUAGAAACAAGUCACAAAAGUGGUUCAUUCAUGUUACAUAUUGUUAAUAUACGUGGUCGGAUGCUACCGCCAUUGCUGGAGAAUUCUCUAGGUAAUCUCUUUGUAUCUGCAAUUUCUCCAUUGUUUGAGGUUGACAAAGAAACAACGGUGGAGCUACAAGAUUUGGUAGAAGUAGUGAGAAAAACCAUAAGGAUGGUUGAUGGGAAUUUUGUGAGUAAACUUCAAGGAGAUGGUCAAGAACUUGUUGAAAUCCUUGAAUCAAUGAAACAAAAGUUGCAUGUAGCGGCCAAGCAAAGUGUUCCUUGUUACUGCUUCAGUAGCUGGGUGAGAUUUGGUUUCUAUGAAACAAACUUUGGAUGGGGCAAGCCAACUUGGGUUUGUACUGUUAGAGCGCCUAUAAGAAACGCAAUCCUUUUUAUGCCAACGAGUUCUGAGGAUGGAGGAAUUGAGGCUUGGGUCACCCUGAAUGAGCGUCAUAUGCUCCAAUUUCAAAACAAUCCUCUCUUGCUCCAGUUUGCUUCUUUUGUCCCUUAA